UUAAAAAGAAUAUUGUUUAAAAAAGAAGAACUAAUGUCAUUGUCAUUAUUGCUUUUCUAUUAAAAAUGGUUAUCAAGUAUUAAAUUUUAUAAUUCCUGUAUUUCAUUUAAACAUGGUCAGCUUCGAGCAGGAUAAUGAUUUUGGAAAACUCUUUUGGAAGCCUAUUUUGGAGUAUACGGAUUAACCAUUAUAAGGAAUAAUCAUCGCUUAUAAUAUUAAGAAGCAUUCCUUGAACUAUCAUUAAUAUUUUAUUUGUACGUUCUAGGAGAUUAACGCUGGUUUCCCAGAAUGUCUCCAGAUGGAUUUAAAGAGCUCACUAAGAAAAGGAGUAGCUUCAAGGGCCAGUUAACUUCUUUUGUCAACUACUGCAAGGAUUUAAAACCACCUUUAGAUUCAGUAACCCUUAAGGAAUUACAAUUGCGUACAGGGAGGAUUGAAGCGUUAUACGCUCGCUUUGACGAGGUACAGUUACAGAUUGAGUGUUUAGUUGACGAGGUUGAUGCGCAGUAUGUUUCUCGAGAGGAUUUCGAGUCUAAGUAUUAUAAAGCAUUAUCAAAUGCGCAGGACCUGUUAGCUGCAUGUAGCAAUUCGCCGUCAUCUGAUUUUAAAAGUAUAACUAGUAACCGAAAGCUUGUCAAAUUGCCUACCAUACAAUUGCCAAAGUUUAAUGGGUCAUACGAGAAUUGGUUAGAAUUUCGUGACACCUUUGCUAGUCUGAUACAUUCUAAUGAUGAUAUUGACGACAUAAACAAGUUUCAUUACUUGCGUGCUUGCUUAGAGUCGUCCGCCGCUGUGGUAAUUAAAUCUAUAGAAUUUUCAGCUAGUAAUUAUUCCGUAGCCUGGAAGGUGUUGUGCGAGCGGUACGACAAUAAACGAUUACUGAUUCAGAAUCACGUUGUCACCUUGUUUAAUAUCGAACCAAUACCAAAAGAAUCGUCCUGUAGUAUAAAGCAAUUAAUUGAUCAAUUGAAAAAGAAUUUGAGGGCUUUAGAGGCAUUAGGUGAACCAGUUGAAUAUUGGGAUACAUUAUUAAUUUAUCUAACUACUAAGAAGUUGGAUCCUAGGACGUAUAGGGAAUGGGAAGAGUUCAAAGGUCGUACAGACGAAGAUACGUCAAAGAAAUUCAGUGAAUUCAUGAAAUUCUUGCGUAGUCGUGCAGACUUAUUAGAAACUUUGGAACUUUCUCAUAUUAAUCCCAUUAAGUCAAUUUCUAAAUUUAAGUCUAUGGUUUCAACGCAACAAAUUAAUAAAUAUAGCUCAUCUAAUGCUAACUUACCUAGUAGAUUAUGCCCAAAAUGUAAAGGUGAUCAUAACCUAUCUAGUUGCUCACAGUUUCUUGCUCUUAGUAAUGAGGCCCGAUUUAAGAUACUGCCUACUUUUAAGAUUUGUUUUAAUUGUUUUAGGUCAGGUCAUUAUGCUAAUCACUGCAGAAAACCAGGUUGUAACGUUUGUAAACGCCGUCACAAUAGUUUAAUUCAUGUAAGUGAUUGGAAACCGGUCCGUAAUAAUAACAAUUUACGUAAUGAGAAUGUGAAAACACGGGUGGAUUCUACCCCCUCAACAUCGUCUGCGUCGAAUGUCGACCAGUAUGGUCAAUCUUUGUCAGCAAACGUACGUACCUUCUACAGAGCCAGUUGAGGUAUUACUUUCUACCGCGUUAGUCAAAGUAUAUGACAAUAAUAAUUGCGAACAUGUUGUAAGGGCAAUUCUUGACAGUGGUAGUACAUCGUGUAUCAUGACGGAAAGUUUGUUUUCCCGGUUAAACUUAAGACCUCAACAGAUAGAUAAAACAAUUUUGGGUAUCAAUAACGUGACGUCACACGUAGGUAAAACUUGUCGUGUUAAUAUGAAGUCUUUAAACGAAAGAUUCAUGUUCAACUUUUCUUGUCUUGUUUUACCA